GCCAACCAAAACGUAAACAAACCACGAGAGCAUCGGCUGUGAAAAACAAACAAGUACCCUACGGCCGAUUCAAAUUUGUAUAGACAGUAUUGGUUAACCAUUUCUGCUGCCGUUGCUUGAAACUUCGUGCCACAAAAGCGAAUGUAAAACACUACCCCUGCGACCGAGCGGAAUGACAGCUUGGACUCGCUUCGGUUGCCCAUCCCAAACCGCCGACAGCCCAAAAACCGCAACCGAAAAACACACAAAGAAGCCGUUUCGUUGACGGGUUGGCAACAGUAUUUUGGGGGAAGGGGGUCUGUGUGUCGCUGUGUUGUUGCUGUGUGUUAUCAGUCGGUAGGCUGCCUUCCGUCACACUAGUUGCCUGCGUGGACGCCGCUUCCGUGUAGUUUUAGGUGCCCAACACACAACAAAGCGCCCGGUACGCCAUGGAGGAGGAGAAAACGGACUGUGAUAGCGCACAUGCGCAAAUGUGCCAACCGAUCCUGACGCUGCAGGCGCUGCUCGACUUCGAGCAGGGGCCGCACCCGUGGAAGAACCUGGUCGAGCCGAUCGCGCCCCGCUCCCGGUCCCGCCAUCUCGGCGACCGCUACCAGGUGCUGGAGUUUGCGGACGGGCCGGUCACGCAGGUGGCGAACGAGUCGCGGCCGCAGGUCCUGCUCUGCCACGACUUCAAGGGCAACUACCUGAACGACCGGUACAUCAACGGGGUGCAGGGGGAGGAGCGCUGGGUCGACUAUCGGUUCUACAACUGGGCCGCGAUCGACAUCUUCUGCUACUUUAGCCACCAUUUCGUGACGGUGCCGACGCUGCAGUGGCUCAACUGUGCGCACCGGAACGGCGUGAAGGUGAUCGGGACGCUGAUCGUGGAGCACAAGAACGUGCAGCUGCUGCGGGACAUCCUGCAGUCGGAGGAGUUUAUGCGGCGCGUGGUGGAAGCGCUCGUGGCCGUGUCGAAGGUGUGCCAGUUUCACGGCUGGCUGCUGAACAUCGAGUGCGGGCUGGAGACGGGCAAGGUCGGGCUGCUGCGCGACUUCGUGCAGCUGCUGACCGAGCGGUGCCACGCGGAGAUCCCGGGCAGCCUGGUCAUCUGGUACGACGCGAUCGCCAAGACCGGCCGGCUCGAGUGGCAGAACGAGCUGAACAGUGCGAACGACACGUUCUUUCUCGCGUGCGACGGCAUCUUCCUCAACUACGCCUGGGACCGGCAGAAGCUCGAGCGGACGGAGAGCUACAUCCGCAACUACUGCCCGGACCGGCGGCUGGACGUGUACGUCGGGAUCGACGUGUUCGGCCGCAGCCAGAAGGCGCAGAUGGACACGCACGCCCCGCUCGAGCAGGUGCUGAGCUUCCCGUUCUCGGUCGCACUGUUCGCGCCCGGCUGGACGUUCGAGUCGCUGGAGGAAUCGUCCCGCCGGGACCGGCUCGAGCCGGACGACCGGAACGUGCUGUUUCUGCAGAUGAACGACCGCUUCUGGAACCGGCUGUGGCGCCACCUGUACGUGCGCGGCCCCGUGCAGCUCCCGUUCUACAGCUCGUUCUGUCUCGGGUCGGGCAAGUUCUACAACCGGCUGGGCAGGACGCAAUCGGCCGAGUGCUGGUUCAACCUGGCCAAGCAGCACUUCCAGCCGACCAUCCCGUACACGCCCCCGCUCGAGUACGGCACGCGCAGCGACCCGCUCGCCCACUGGACGCACCACUUUGACGGGGCGCUCGACGGCGGCUCCUGCCUGAAGCUGCGCAACGACGCCCGCGACAAGCGCCUGUUCGCGUGCGACUUCCCGUGCGACGACGAUCUGAUCGUGUGCUACGCGCACCGGCGCAGCAACCCGACCGCGAUCGACCUCGGGCUGGUGCUGAAGGCGUACUGCGGCCGGCGCCACGAGUGCCUGCGCAUCGUGUGCGCCAACGCGGACUGCCACGUGGGCGAGCGGAGCAACGAGGUGCGCGCGCUGCCGCUCGACAAGGAGCAGUCGCUGCAGCUGCUGAAGCUCGGCGCGACGUCCCAGCUCCCGCUGGCCGACACCGUCAACGGGUGGGACAUACGGUACUACUAUCUGUCGGCGGAGCGGCUGCCGGUCGGCAUACGGAUCGUGGACAUUGGCAUCAAGCUGCACAAAGAGCCGGACGCGCACGAGAACGAUCACGCACUGCUCGGUGCCAUCCAUCUGCAGGCCGGCAUACCGGCCCACCGGGACCGUCUGCUGCAGCGCACCGUACUGGUGUUCGAUCGUCCCGAGUAACGCUACCGCUACCUCCCACUCCCCCCUUACUUCCUCCCUCUCUUGGCUAGCAAUAAACGUGUAACCGAAGCAUG